AUGACGGCUCCUUUGGUAGAUGAGGAAACGCCUCUUGUUCAGCAACGACAACAGCAACCACAACCACAGAUGAACAAACAAGAUGUGUAUGCUAAAUGGAGCAUUAUUGCCGGUCUUGCCCUGUUUGUCUCACUUGUUAUCUCUGUUCUGGUCCGUAUACCUUUCAAUGUCUUUACAUAUCACCCUCUGUUCAUGACCACAUUCAUUGUUCUGGUUACCGAAGGCAUCUCGUUAUUGCAACCAACCUCAACAGAGAUUGAAAAGAAGCGAGGAUUGAGACAUCAUGCCAUCAUCCAAACUACCAGUUACCUGUCUGCUAUCUGUGGAUUUUCAUUCAUUUUCUACAACAAGGUUAUUUCAGGAAAGCAUCAUUUUGAAUCAUUCCAUGGCAAGAUGGGGUUAUUUGUAUUCAUCUAUCUCUUUGUUCAGUUGGUCUUUGGCGUGUCAAUGGCUCUUUUACCCAAGCAAAUAUUUGGAUCUGUAGACAAGGCCAAGAGUACCUGGAAAUAUCAUCGUGUGUUUGGCUACAUCUUGUUGCUUUUGGUAUGGAUCACUGCUCAAUUCGGCGUACGUGCAGACUAUAUGUACAAUAACUUGUAUAGCCCUCAUUUAAUUUGGUUGCAUUGGGUAUCUUUGGCCCUUGUUUUUGGUGGCCUCUACAGUCGCAUUCGUUUUGACAAGUGGGGAAUUAUCAGACAAUAA